CAGCCAAUCACGAGUCACUUCCGCUCCUGGCCAAGGCUAAGCUAACAACAUCGUAGCACUGCGGCUCAAAAUCUGACAUAAAAUCGCAAAGAAUUAACAGCAUAUACAAGGACAGAGUUACGCGUUUUUCAUCAGAAUGAGAGGAUCCUACGGAGACAGAGACCGAGACCGAGGUCGUGACAGAGGCGGCCCCAGGUUCGGGUCCAGCAGGGGCGGGCAGCCGUCGGGGAAGAAGUUUGGAAAUCCUGGGGACCGUUUACGGAAGAAGAGAUGGGAUCUGGAGGAGCUUCCCAAAUUUGAGAAGAACUUCUACACUGAGCACCCCGAGGUGCAGCGGAUGAGCCAGUAUGACAUUGAUGAAUAUCGUAGAAAGAAGGAAAUCACUGUUCGUGGUUCCGGCUGCCCAAAACCUGUAACCAGCUUCAAUCAGGCACACUUUCCACAAUACGUGAUGGAUGUACUGAUGCAGCAGAAUUUCAAAGAGCCCACAGCCAUUCAGUCACAGGGUUUCCCUCUGGCCCUUAGUGGGAGAGACAUGGUGGGCAUCGCUCAGACCGGCUCUGGGAAGACCUUAGCGUAUUUGCUUCCUGCCAUUGUGCACAUCAAUCACCAGCCCUACUUGGAGCGAGGAGAUGGACCCAUUUGUUUGGUGUUGGCCCCUACAAGAGAGCUGGCUCAGCAGGUCCAGCAGGUGGCCUACGACUAUGGGAAGUCUUCUCGGAUUAAAAGCACCUGUGUGUAUGGCGGUGCUCCGAAGGGACCUCAGAUCCGGGACCUGGAGAGAGGUGUUGAGAUCUGCAUCGCUACUCCAGGUCGUCUGAUUGACUUCCUCGAGGCAGGAAAGACCAACCUGCGGCGCUGCACCUACCUGGUUAUGGAUGAAGCUGAUCGCAUGCUGGAUAUGGGUUUUGAACCACAGAUACGCAAAAUUGUUGACCAGAUCAGGCCGGACAGACAGACCCUCAUGUGGAGCGCUACUUGGCCUAAAGAGGUGCGCCAGCUGGCGGAGGACUUCUUGAAGGACAAUGUGCAAAUCAAUGUCGGAGCUCUGGAGCUCAGUGCCAACCACAACAUCCUUCAGAUUGUUGACGUUUGCAUGGACAACGAAAAGGAUCAAAAGUUGAUCCAGCUGAUGGAAGAGAUCAUGGCUGAGAAAGAAAAUAAGACCAUCAUCUUUGUAGAGACGAAAAAACGCUGUGAUGACCUGACACGCAGGAUGAGACGUGAUGGGUGGCCAGCAAUGUGCAUUCACGGUGACAAGAGCCAACCGGAGAGGGACUGGGUACUAUCAGAGUUCCGUAGCGGCAAAGCUCCCAUCCUCAUCGCUACUGAUGUGGCCUCGCGCGGUUUAGAUGUGGAGGACGUCAAGUUUGUCAUCAAUUAUGACUAUCCCAACUCGUCGGAGGACUACAUCCAUCGCAUCGGCCGCACGGCCCGCAGCACUAACAAAGGCACGGCUUACACCUUCUUCACCCCCGGGAACCUCCGGCAGGCCCGAGAGCUGAUCCGGGUGCUGGAGGAGGCCCGGCAGGUCAUCAACCCCAAACUGCUGCAGCUGGUUGACAGUGGACGCGGAGGAGGCGGAGGUGGCCGGUCCCGUUUCCGUGGCUCCAAUUCUAACAAUCCCAACCUGAUGUACCAGGACGAGUGUGACCGCCGCAUGCGUUCCGGCGGAAGCAGCAGCAGCUACAGCCGCGAGAGCCGUGGAGGAAACAGCCGCGACGGAGAGCGCUCGUCUUCCUCCUCCUCCUCUUACAGGGAUCGCAGCAGCAGGGAUGGAGGACGCAGCUACGGCUCCAGCUCCAGCUCCUACAGCCAAUACCAGAACAGCAGCAGCAGCAGCCAGUACAGCAGCUCCAGGGCUGGAUCUGGCUCUGCGGGAGCUGCCGUGCCGGCUCCGCCUCCAUCUUCCUCAUCAGGCCCUCAGCCUUUAAUGGCCCAGCAGUUCAACCCUCCCCAGCCCAUGAUGGGUCUGAUGGGGCACUCGCCGUUCCAGUUUGCUCCUUCAUCAUCAUCUACACCAGGCAGGAAAUAAAACGGUAUCAAGCACAGAAGACAUUUUGUCUCAGAAUCAAUCAAUGUUUUUUUUUAAUGAUUGCUACAUUCCAGUUAUGUGUUUGCACUGCUUCUUUGCUCCAACAGAACCUCCAUUUUCCAGCAUCGGUGCAUUUAGACCGGGUCUAGGUUUGUUUAUGAAGUCUUGGUUUUGGAACUUGUUUAGUGUGACGGAAGCUCGGCUGUUAUUUAAAUGAGUUUGUUUUGAUUAUCUUUCUCAGGUCUGUUACAGGUAGGUGCUGAGGUUCACUCAGUGAUUUCUUCAUAUUUAUGUUUGAAAAUGUUAUUCUUUGGAAAUAUUGAAGAAAAGUAAAGAAAAAAAAUAGCCGUUUAAAUCUUUUUCCUUUUAAUAUUUGAGCUUCAUCUUAGUGUUUUACAGACCUGUUUAUCCACACAGUCAUCUGUAUGUAAAGUAGCAUCUUUUUUUGCAAACAUUAGGUUAACUUACUUAGUUGAUCACCAGUUUGGUCCAGCCUUUAGGGCACUGAGUAAGAUUUUCUAGCACACAGCAAGUCCUUUUUACAGCUUGUUUCUUCCUCUUGAAUAAAAUAUUCAGUGUA